CUGUGUUCGCAGCAGACUUUCCCCUUUCUAGACGUGAAGCCCUCCUCAUCGAACUUCUCGGUGAAGCAAUCUCCAUCAUCCACAUCGAUCAAACCCAGCCCAUCUGUAAAACAAUCACUCUCUUCAGCAUCUGUGGCUACACCAACGACGCUUUCUAAUGGAACAACAGGAAAGGGGCUUGUUGAUAAGGAGCUGAUCGACAAGGAGAAGGAACGAGCAGAUCGGGCCAUGGCACAGACGCGAAAGCUGUUGAACUUCUUUGUGAAACAACCUGAUGAUGUGGUGACUUACGAGAACUGCUUCGAAAUGAAGGACAAACUGCUAGGGAUGCUCAAUGCAGAUCCGGAAGAAGACGGUGAAGAAGUGGAGACACGAGAAGAAGGAGUGUAUGUUUCCGAUGGUGCAGCUGAAUCUCAUUAA